AUGGCCAAUUCGAACGCUGUCCCCCAGGGCUUCUCCGUCUUCCAGCCUGCCCUCGGGUCUCAGCUCCAGUUCUUCCCUGCUGUCGGGAGCCGCGAGCUCGAUGAGCUGGUGAACGCUUACAUCCCCGGUCCGGCUUCUGUCCAGGAGAAGCGCGCUUCCAUCUCUCUCGAUUUCCUUGAGUACGCCCAUCUGACUGGGCAGACCUUCAAGUUCUACCCCGUCUUCUCAAUGGCCACCCCCGCUGUGUCUCCUGCUACUGCCAGCCCUCUUCAGGACUCUGGUUACGGUUCUUCCUUCAACGCUAGCCCUGUCAUGUCCAACUGGGACUGGAGCCAGGUUAACGCUGCUGCCCCCUCGCAACGCCAGUCUCCCAAGGCUGCUUCGCGGCACCAGACCACCGACUUCUCCCACCUGCCUGGUAUGAAGAUCAUGACAAGGGACGGCCGCGAUGUGACAAACUCUGCUUCUCGAGGUUCCAAGACCAAGGAGCAGCGAGAUCACGCUCACCUGAUGCGAAUCAUCAAGGCUUGCGACAGCUGCCGGCGGAAGAAGAUCCGCUGCGACCCCAGCCACAAGAAGCGUGGAGUCACCCAGAGCCAGGCCCAGCCUGUGUCCAAGGUCACCAAGAAGACGAAGACUCCUGCUCGGGAAGCACGGACAUCUCCUGCCGCUGCUCAGCCUGAUUUCUCUGCUUCUAUAGGAUUCCCAGACGUGCAGGCUCUUUCAACUCCAGAACUCGACAACCUGCUUGGUAUAGUACCAGCCGAGAACGUGGCUUGGGAGGACUUCCUCGAGUACCCUCCUGUCGACGACUACGACUUCUUCAACGACCCAGAGGGCUACUUCUCUCCUCAAUCUUCUUCUGUGUCGGCGUACUCCACAAAGCCUGUGACACCGACUUCCACACAAGACCAACUUGGCCCGUACAAUACGGUCAAUGCGGAGGUCAACGUUCCAUCGGUGGAUCUACCUUUCAACCAGACAGAACCGGCUCACAACUAUGUCGAUUUCAACCUGUUCUCUCCCGAGUCCUCAUUCUCGGAAGACGAACGUAUGGUCCCGAUCGAACUGUCCAAGCAGUCGGUUAGUCAACCUAGGUCCCCAGCGAACCCACGACCACCAAUCGAUCCCUCGGAUGGCCCAGAGAGUAGCGGCGGUUAUCUAAGUGGUGACCUUGGCACGCAAUCUGCGCUUGUCUGGGCCACACCUCAGGAGCUCUUUGGUGAUGGCGACAUUGUCCUAGAUAGGACGUAUCGCGAUCCUGGUACUGGCCUUGAGCGGUACCGCUCGAGCCCCUCAUCCAGCUUCGACUCGGAUGUUCUGAGUCACAGCAUAAGCUCACUUGAGACUUCUGUCUCGUCGGCCUACACAACCGACUUCCAACCUUCAGAGACACCCGUCUCGUUGGCCUACACCACCGACCCCUUCACUUCUCCUGGCAUGAUGUCACCUGCGGGAAGCAACGUGGAAAUUAGUCACAACAUCAUUGCUGAUCCCACGGGAGAUACUCUCCAGAGUGUGACACCAUUUGCGAACGCCUCACGACCUGGUGCCCUUGGCACGAACGGCCUGAGCCAGACAGCCGGUGGCUACACUGACUACUAUGAUCACUCAGAUCGCGGCCAUCGCAGCGAUCAACAACAACGUGAUCGUCGUGAAGACGUCGCAGCACAACGCCGUGACAGCUCGUCUUGUCAUGUCCUGACAGAGCAUCAACGUGCCGAGGAUGUCGGCAUCACUCGCUCGAAUGCUCUGAACUCUGGUUCUCCUGUUUCGCAAAAUAGGAGGCGUGAUGUUCUGGAGCUAGCACCAUUUACAGGUGCGAAUGUUGAGCGAGAGUCGGCCAUCGCUGCCUCCAUGACACAAAUCAAGCCCCAGACACCCCGGGCCCAACUUGCGGUCGGUGAGAAGGAGGAGAGAUCUCAGCUUUCUUCUGCAUUCAUGGGCAUCGCCCCUGUCUCGACUGCUCUGGCGUCACUACUGCAGCCGUCAUCCCUGACGACAUUUAUGUCCGUCGUCAUGAUAGCGGUCGCACUCAUGGCCUGGUUCUGUCUCUCAUCCGUUGAGAUGGGACCUGUGGACCAGAGGACUCUCUCCACGAAAGGAGAAUGGUCUUCCUCGUCUCAGGCACGACGCUUGAUGGCAAACAUCAAAGGGAAAGCUCACGUCACCUUGAGCGCGAAGAGAGCAAUGGGCGGCACGAAGUCGGUUGAUCGCAUGGUCUCACAAAGCUGGAGCUUAAUUGCAGUGUAGACGGGUCCUUGAUAUAGACCAGAAGGUUUUUGGGUUUUGGGCAUUCGUGGAGAGAGUUGUACAUCGCAUGACUCUGAAAGUCCCUGGUCUCGUUCUUAGAUGAGGCGGGACUCUUUUCUUUGUUUGAUUUGGAUCGUCAUAUCGAAGAGCGACCACAUGCGCAGAGCGCGCUGGUUUUUUUUGACAGGAAACGGCCUUUGCUAUAGAGCGAGCAUUGAGCCAAAAACGCAAUGAACUGGCCUCUAAGGCCGUGUAUUAUUUAUUUCAAUCGUGCCUUGCCUUGUGAUGUCUGGUGCGAUCAUCUCAUAACGUCUCAUGUGCUGUUCCGCUGAGAGGAGUUGGACCUCUGAGCUUUGUUAGGCCACCUGCGAAUGGCCUUGACAUUGUGGUGCUGGGGUACUUGGCUGGUACAACUGUGAAAUAGAUCAGCUGACCUCCGUUUGCUCAGAAAACGGCGAGUUUGUAAACGGUGGCAUGUGGGUCAAGGCAGAUGAGACAUGACAGCAUUGGCUCCUUCUCCUGCAAGGGUAGAUCAAUAGGCAUCACAAGAGUGACGAAAUAAUAAAUAAAUGAGAUCUCAAAUAUUGUCUUCUUA